AUGGUACCGGCGGGCUUCACUGCUUUAAAGGAGCUCGAGGUGCACUAUUCUCAUGUCGACGACGACCUCCUACCGCCAAAUCUUUGCCAGCUCGUCGUAUGCGCAACUACUCGCGACAGGAAAUGCAUCAUGAAAGACAUGGAAACACUAGCACAAAAGCUCAGCAAGCGAUCAAACCUCGACGCAACACUGAAGUAUCGGCACUACCGGAAGUUAGACUACAAGCUUCCAAGAUUAAGCGAACUGCCAUCCAUAUUCGCCAUGUCAGAUCUCAAGCUAUCGCUUUACGUGUAUCCUGAUGUCGGCUCAUCGUGGUACUUGAUCGCCAAGUUCGACCUCCGCGCUGCAUGGUCAUCGCAGAGACCUAACGAAACAGGCGCAAAUGAUUUGAGAGCUUGGUCGUGGCGAUUAGAUUCGAUGUACGAUUACCGGGGAAUUGUGCUCGCGGAGAUAAAAAAUAUGGUCGGAAAGCACGAGAACCUUUGGAAGAGCAAGGACUACGAUCUCAAUUUCAUGCUACCGUAUCUGUUUAGAAACCGGUACAAGGUCUGA